GCUCUGUCUCUCUCUCUCUAUCCCUCCCUCCCCUCCUCCCUCUACAGCCCCUCACCCCUCACCCUCUCACUCUCCUCCAUUAAGUUUCAAGUCUAUCUUCUCCUCUGGGCCGAACAGACAGCAAACAGGUUUUCAAGAAAAGCCUGGCCCUGCUCCUUUCUCUGCCUCCCAGGCCUCUACCCCUACAUCCCCAUCCCGCCUCCUGCUGUUUUUUAUUUUGCUUACUUGUUCACCUCCCAAUGACACUGCUCCCCUCUGCUCCUCCUACAUCCCCAUCCCGCCUCCUGCUAUUUUAAUUUUGCACCUCCAGCCCACCUCUUUCUUGUAGUCAUUCCUGUGAAGAAGCCCUACCUUUAACCAGCACCCAUCAUCCUCGACGACCCGUCUCCCAGUUGAGCUUUGGCUAGCCUUGCCAAAGUCGGCAUGUGGUCCAGUUUAUUCAGCCAGAAGGACGAAUUUGGGAGAGGAGCGGCGGCGGCUGCGGGUGGAGCAGGGGCCGGUGGAGGGAAGGCAGUGGUGCGAGAGAUAUUCGGAAAACGAAGGGCUCAAGAGUCUGAGCUAAAUAAAAGCCAAAGGGGUAAAGUCAAGUUGGUCUUUUUCGUUGCCCUUGUGGGUGUCACACUUUCAAUCUUCGGCGUGAGCACGGACUACUGGGUGGAGUUGGCCCCACCCAAGAGGUUCUACGGCAACGAGACUUGUCUUGUGGCUCACUACGGGCUAUGGAAGGGCUGCGUGAGGAGACUGUGGUUGGAUGACAUCAAUCCCAACAGAGAGAGCUGCGGGCCUGCUGGACUACCUGGAGAAUCAAACUGCACAUACUUCAGAUUCUUCACUUUGGGAGAGAAUGCCGUUAUUUUUAAGAGGACGACCACGAAAAGUCUGAACAUGACGACAGCCGUCCUGGCUCAGAUCAGCUUCUUCAUGAUGGCCAUGGGAUGCACGUGCAUCAUUAUGGCCCUCAGCAAGGGAGUGCAGUUCUUCGUAAAGUCCGCCUCCUUCUGCUUCAUUUUCUCAGGACUCCUGCUUUUGGUGGCUGUUAUCGUCUUCCACCAGUCGGUUCUCUCCCUUCUGGGCAGUGAUCAGUCAAUCCCGCUGCAUCAUGAGCUCUCCUCCUCCGUGGCCUGUGUGGGGUCAGCAGGAGCUAUCCUCAUUGUGGGUGGUAUCCUCUUUGUUAUGCUCUUCCUCCCUGGCAUACCCUGUAAAUAGUGGCCUCCACAAGACAUGCGCCACCUAGUGGCUUGGUGGUGUCAGACCUACAAGCAUUUACAAGUACAAUAAGAUUCCUUGUGCUAGAAAUGGAAAAACUGACUGAUGGCGAGUCACUAUGCCCACUUAAACUGACAGAGAACCUGACACAAUCAGCACCAAAUUCAGUGUGAGUAGGAAAGAGAAAAACUAAGGCUUUACAUUAAUUUCUUGACACUUUAGUAUUUUGCAAAGUGAAUAAACAGCUAGACCUGCACAGAAAAUGGGACUAUGACUUAGCCCAUUCCUACAAAAACGAUGUCUUACAGAGUCUCCUGGAAAUACAAGGAAACACAAACAUAUGCAAGCAUUUUUAUUUCCUGUGUUUGACUUUACAUGUGUUAUCAUCUACUAUCCCAUUUAAGAAUGAGGAAAAGCAUCCAUCCAUCCAUCCAUCCAUCCAUCAUCCAUCCAUCUUCUCACUGGUUAUCUUGGUGUAAUCUGUGUAAUCAGGGACACAGAGUUUUAUUAUUAUUUUUAGCAUUAUUGUUAUUACGUCUAUUAUAUUUUCUGGGGGUAGAUGACAUUACAACCGUUACUCUCACAUACAGUUUCGUAAUGCGACACAUCACAUUUUAAUGAGGCUCUGGCGCUGCCAACAUAGUGCGCUUUUCGGCCUUUUGUGUGAUUCAGCGAUGACUGGCUCUCUCCUGAGAAGCCGUGAAGUAUCGCACUUCUUGGGGAACAGAGCUCGCCAUCCCUGCCGCGGGGACUUUGUCCUGGAACAUUGACAGCAACAGAUGCAGAUGGUGACAGAGGACGACACUAAGUUGUACGACUUAGCAAUUCCCUGGGAACCGCUUUGAGGCCUUAAUGGAAAAUGAAAAUAAACCUUUGACAAAAUGUUUGUUGUAUAAUAUCUACUCAUGCAAAUGCUGUUUAUAUACUAUAUAUUAAGGUUUUGCAUCCACCUGUGUUUUGAAAAAUAAACGAAAAAUGUAUAUAUAUAUGCAUAUAUGUUUUUUUUUCUUUUUUUUUGACUCUUGGUACUGAAUCACAGAAUGACAGAGGGUGUAUGACUUUUUAUGUGAUCUUCUGGGAAUGAUAUUUAAGGGCUUUUAUUUUGUCAUGUCAUAUUUAGGAUACCUCUUACUAUAAUAAACCUGUAACGAAUGUUUUCAGUGUGUGAGCAUGUGUGUGGGUAUGUAUCUGUCCCUCUGUUUAUUCAUGGAUUAUACUGAAAAUAAACUUAUUCGACAAAAUCUGGA